AUGAAAGUACCUAGUUUAGAUAUGCUAUUAAAAUUUGUAGAAAAGAGAUGCAAAAUCUUAGAAAAUAUUGGAACCUCGGUUGGAACUAACGAAAAACAGGAUAACACCUUUAAGGUAGGUAAUAGAAGACACAGGUGGGCUUCUGGCAAAACUUCAUUGACAAUUUCAACUUCAUCUACUGCAUCAAAUUGUCCAUUCUGUCAACAUGAACAUCAAAUUCAUCGUUGUUUCUCAUUUAAGCGCAAACCAGUUACGGCGCGGCGUAAGUUUGUGAGUGACAACAGUUUAUGUUUUAUAUGCUUAAAACUUGGGCAUAAUGCUAGCUCUUGUACUGCCGUUUUUACAUGCAAGAAAUGUGAAGGUCGUCAUAACACACUGUUACAUCUGGAAAGUUUUGGUGGUGUAACGAAUAACAGUGAGGUGACGCAGAAGGAAAAUACAAUUGUUCAGGCCACUACGUCCGAACCAGUUGAAAAUAAUACUGUAUUCGCAGGUACUAUAUCAACACAAACAACUGUAGUAUUAGGGACUGCCGUUAUUCGGGUACAAGAUAACACAGGUGCUAUGCAUCAGAUCAGAAUUUUAUUAGAUAGUGGGUCACAAGUUUCAGCUAUCACAGCGGAUUGUGCCAACAGACUCGGUCUCAAACGUAGCAAAAGUCACGUAGAAGUGGUUGGCUUGUCUCAACAACCAGUCUCCAAGGUAAAAGGGGUUACUCAGUGUGAUUUUUUCCCUCUUCAGUCAGAGCAACCACUGUUUAAGGCAACCAAUGUUAUUAUAUUAUCCCAAAUCACUGGAUUAAUGCCAACAUGUUCACUUCCUAUCACCGUUCGCACACGCUAUCAACACCUAGUACUAGCUGAUCCAGAAUUUGAUCGUCCCGGUACCGUUGACAUGCUGAUAGGUGGUGAUUUAUAUCCGAUGAUUUUGCAACCUAGAACUGACAUUAUUCAUACGCCUGGAUUACCUUCAGCAAUGCACACAAACCUUGGUUGGAUAAUUGUUGGUUCAUUGAAGGAUUCUACUCCAUUAUCUCUCACGUCAUUAACGAUUAGUACGGUACCAGUUAUGAAUGAGACUUUGCAACAAUUUUGCAGGAUUGAAGAGCCGAUAGUUCAAACACAGUCAACAACAGAAGACGAACGAUGCGAAGAGUGGUUUAGCAAAACAGUGUCACGGGACACAUCAGGCAGGUUUUGUGUUGCUCUCCCUUUUCGAUCUACAAUUAACGUACAAUGUAAUUCAAAGCAAGAUUUGAUUACACCAAGUGGUCUUGGUUCCUCGCGUACCAUGGCAUUAAACCGGUUGCUUAAUAUUGAACGCCGCUUAGCUAAAGACCCUGAACUAUAUUCCGCGUAUCGUUGUUUCAUGAAUGAAUAUCUUUUAUUAGGUCACAUACGCGCAGCUGAUAAACCAGAAAAAUAUUUUAUCCCGCAUCACGCAGUAGUCAAACGGAAAAACGGUAAGAUGAAAAUUCGGGUAGUAUUUGAUGCGUCGGCUAAGUCGUCAUCUGGGUUUGUAUUGAACGACUGCUUGGCAACCGGGUCAAAAUUACAAAGUAAUAUUACGGAUAUACUACUUCAAAGUCGUUUUUACAAAUAUUUAUUCAUUGCCGACAUUGAAAAGAUAUACGGGCAGAUCCGAGUCAAUGAUGCAGACUGUGCGUAUCAACAUAUACUUUGGAGAAAUUCACCCAAUGAGGAAGUCAAAGAAUACGAAUUAUGUACAAGAACGUAUGGUUUCAAUGCAGCUCCAUAUUUGGCAAUCAGAUGUUUACGCCAAUUAGAUUCAGAUUGCGGAAAUCAAUUUCCUCUGGCAAAAAAUCUGUUAGUUACAUCUACAUAUGUUGACGAUAUUGUGGCAGGAGCUGAUACAGAAAGGGUUGUGCUAGAACUUCAACGUCAAUUAAUAUCCUUAUUACGUAAAGGAGGGUUCAAUCUAAGGAAAUGGGCCAGCAAUUGUGACGCAAUAUUAAAAGGUAUACCUGCUGAAGAUCGCGCAAUGGACCCAUCUUUUGAACUUAAAGAUGACCAAUCAGUGAAAGUACUGGGUUUGCAUUGGAGUACUAAUUCGGAUAUCUUAGGGUAUCAUAUUAAUAUCAACCAAGUCAACCCAAUUAAGCGCUCAAUACUUUCAGCAAUUGCUCGUCUAUAUGAUCCAGUUGGCACGUUGGGACCCGUGAUAUUUUGGGCCAAGCGCGUUCUGCAAGAGCUAUGCAUAGAAAAGUUAGAUUGGGAUGAGCCGCCUCCGCCUGAUAUCAUCAAUAAAUGGCAAGAUUUUACAACGGAGUUACCUGCAUUAUCGUCAUUGUCGCUUUGUCGAUUCAUUAACGUACUCUCAUCAAAAACCAUACGAUUAUUGGGUUUUGCGGAUGUCUCUAAAAAGGGAAUCAUCCGCGUCGUUGGAAGAUUGAAGCGUGCAUUUUGGAUGAAGAUGCAAAACAUCCAAUCCUUCUGCCUCAAAAGGUUCGUCUGA